CUUAGGCCCUUGCAAUUUGCCCUUUCUGGGCAUUUUGUUCCUCCUAAUAGUUUAGUUCUCUCUCUCUCUCUUCUUCUCUCUUCUCUCUUCUCUCCUCAUUGAUCGGCUGCGGCGCCCUAUCGACCAGCCUCGCUAGAUUCUUUCGCUCGCGCGCGCGCUGGAUUGAUUGCCAAUGACGUCCAUCGCCGCUCCAUCAUCGCCCCCGGCCGCGCGAGCCGCCGAAUCCCCUACUUCUCCGGCCGAGCAAAUCGAUCCACCAGAGUAGUGGGGAGAUUCUAGAAGAGAGGGCAAUGGAAUGGGAUCGUGGUCGCCGGCGGACGAAGAAUCGCGCAGAACCCACUUGAGAGUGGAGCGAAUCUCGACUUGGGUCGCGCGAAUCUUCCCGAUCCAUCUCUGUUUCAAGCUCCUGGGCCACUAAUCUUGCCUCGCAAAGCAAUGCCUCCUCUCGCAAUCGCAAUUCCUCCUCUCUAUCUCUAGAUCGCUCGCAAGCAAAGGGGAAGCUCUCGAGCUAUGGACGCCUACGAAGCCACCCAGCUCGUCUUCGCGCGUGUCCAAGCCCAGGAUCCAGAGAACGUCUCCAAGAUCAUCGGCUUGAUGCUACUCCAGGACAGGAGCGAGCAAGAAAUGGCGAGGCUGGCUCUGGGCUCCGACGCUCUCCUCCAAUCCGCCAUAGCGAAAGCAAGAAGAGAGCUUGGGCUAUUCGCCGCGAAUCCCCAUCCCGGCCUCUCAGAUCAACACCAUCACCACCGACAACACCACCACCAGCAGAGAAUCAAUCGCCCAAGUCUCCUCUUCAUCCCAGAGGGAGGCACAGUAUCCUCGUCUCCCAGCAAUCUCUUCCAGCCCAGCCCCAGCCCCGACGAAUUCGCCACCGACCAAUGGCUCCUGAAUCACAACCACCAGUUCCAGCUCCACCAAGAUCCCCUCCUCAAGAACACGUCGCGAUUCUCCACCUCUUCCUCGCCAGCAGCAGAUGCCCAGAGGAGGCAUUUGCAGCAGCUCCAGUUUCCAGCCUCGCACUAUCCCUCCUCGCACGAUCUGGCGAUGGCGCUCACUUGCAAGCCCUGCCUCUACUACUCCAAAGGCCACUGCAAGCGCGGGACUAGCUGCCGGUUUCUCCAUGGCACCGGAUCUAGCGCGACCGUCCCCGGCAAUGGCAGCAACGGAUCCAUCCCCUCUCCCGGCGGCUGUAGCCAGUGUUCUUCGCCAGCUCCAUCUUUUGACGAUUUGCUGGGAUGCUCGCCGAAUUCCUCCUCGCCCAGCAGUCCAUCGUCGGGAUCUCUCGAGCGACUGGAGAUGGAGCUCCAGGAGCUGCUGCGAGGGCGGAGGACGCCAGUGUCGAUCGCGUCGCUGCCCCAGCUCUACUUCGAGAAGUUUGGGAGGGCGCUGCAAGCACAGGGCUAUCUCACCGAGAGCCAGCGCCAUGGCAAAGCUGGAUGUAGCCUCACCAAGCUCCUCGCGCGGCUCAAAGGGAGCGUAGCUCUCAUCGACAGACCCCACGGCCAGCAUGCAGUAGUUCUUGCGGAAGAUGCGCAGAGAUUCGUGGGGUAUAGAGCCGAUCGCGACGAUCUCAAGGACGUGAAUCCCAGCUCUAGGCAAAUCUAUCUCACUUUCCCGGCGGAGAGCACCUUCACGGAGGACGAUGUUUCAGCACACUUCAGAUCUUAUGGUCCAGUCCAGGAUGUUCGAAUUCCAUACCAGCAGAAGCGAAUGUUUGGAUUCGUCACCUUCAUCUAUCCCGAGACUGUCAAGGCGAUACUGUCCGAAGGGAAUCCUCACUAUAUCUGCGGUGCUCGUGUUCUCGUCAAGCCAUAUCGCGAGAAAGCUAAGCUCGGUGAAAGAAAGCAAGCCGAGAAGAUCGAUCCGCUACGCUUGCAGCUUCGCGGCUUGGGUGGCAAAGACUUCAUGCAAGAUCCGAGCUUCUACGAUGUUCUUGCGAGGCGAUUCGAGGAGGAGCGAUACCUGGAGUUAGAACGAAGACGAGUCAUGGAUUUCCAUUCGCUCCGAGCCCGUGCUGCCGAGGUAGAGGCUGCGGAGGCUGUGACAACCGCAAAGUUACUACUGCUCGACGAGCAAGAGAGGAAGCUAAACAGCACUGCUUCCACGACCAACCUCAAUGGAGUUCACGUUAGCUUGGACUCCCCCGAGGUUCCUGGAACUCCACGAAUCAUGGAGCACAACAACAGUGGCAGUAGCAGUAGCAGCAGCCAUGGGAAUGGGAUGAACGAAGCCGUGCUAACACUAGAAGAUAUGCAGCAGUUCCAGUCGAGCAAUCCCUUCGGAUUCGUCAUGGACGUGCUGGAGGGUGAAGGUGGCGAUGAGAGUGAAGCUCUUCAUCCACUUCCCGAUGAUGCUACGCUCAAAUACGACGAAGAUCUUGUGACCAGCGCCGAUGGGAAUGGACACAACCUACCCGAGAGUCCAUUCGCCAGCCCACAUCACAGCGAGAACUCUUCCAACUCGCACAUACCGGAAGAACACCACGAUCAACCUCCAUCUCUGUCAAUCGAAGAGAAGAUGAUGGGGCUGGAUCUCAACGAAGUUUUCAACCUCGCACCGCCGCCCAACGACAUCAUUUGCUGCAUUUGUCUCAAGCACUGCGUAGAGCCAUCCAAACUGGACUGCAGCCAUACCUUUUGCGUGCAGUGUAUCCUGAAGGUUAUCAAAGGAUCAAAGGAUGAAUGUCCAAUCUGCCGACAACACAUAGGCAGCCAAGUAUACAAAAUCUUACAAAACAGGGAUUUACAGUCCUGGCUCUCCCCCACAGCACUAAGUCACAGAAUCCCGCAACACAUAUGGUAGGAAGAACAGCAACAAAACAGCGAAAAGAAGAAAAUUUACCAACACCACAACACAGCAAAACAAGAAAGAUCACAGCAACAACGGGGUUUGAGUCCUUUCAAUCAAUCAAUCAAUCGAAAGCACCAACACAACUUGACCGAUGAGAGAACUUUACAGCAACAAAUACACCAGAAAGUUUUUCUUUUUUCUUCUUACGAGGCUCAUCUCAUACUUUCUAGCUAAAUAACACAACUCGAUCAUACACAGGACGACAUAACCAGAUAAAUCUCUUUUUCUUCUCUUUAUAUAUGAUGGGAGAGGCCCAAUCUUUCGAAAAAAAUCAAUAUACGAGACUAUAUGGUGCAAGAGAUUGCGCUUUGUGA